AUGUUCAACCUCAUUGCCAUCAAGGACACGGUGCCCGUCGCGCCAAAGGCGUUUGGUCUUGACCCUGCUCUCUGUAUCCAGGAUGCGUUGAACAAGAAGUUCUCCAACAAGCUCAUACCCGAACGCGGGCUAGGAUUGAGCGUGUACGACAUUCUGACCGCCGAGGACGGGCGCGUCACGUGGGGCAAUGGACAGAUGUUCUACAAGGUCUCGUUCCGCCUAAUGCUGUUCGCACCCUUCGUUGGUGAGGUGAUUGUUGGCAAGGUGUUGGCGUGCACACCAGAGUACAUCCGCAUCACCCUUGGCUUCUUCGAGGACAUUUACGUCCCGCAGUCUCUGCUCCCACCGAACUCCAUGUACGACGAGAACGAACGCAGAUUCUUCUGGUACAGCGGUGAAGAGCCGCUCGAUGCCAAAGAUCUUGCCAACACGCUCAAGUCUGAACGCUUCUAUUUUGACCCAGGAGAGCCGAUCCGCUUUCGUGUCGACUCAAUUGAGUGGCACGAACACGAACCAGGUCCGCCCGUAGACAGGACGCAACAGAACGAGGAGGAGGAGGAGAAAGACCCCAAAGAAAAAGCAGGUUAUGUCAUCCUCGCCGACGUGAGCGAACAGGGCCUCGGCCUGACAAACUGGUGGGACGAGGGAGGCGAGGAGGAGGAGUACGCCGACGAGAAGGAGUACGCCGAUGAGGGAGAGUACGCCGAUGAGGGGGAGUACGUCGACGAGGAGGCAGAGUAG